GCUGGUCUUGCUGGGUGGUGGGCGUGGUCUCCUCGCAGGCAGGGGGCGGGGCUUGGGCUAAGCAUUGACAGUUCGCAGAGAGGCCUGAGAGAGAGCUGGACAUACAAUGACUGAGGGACAAGUACAAUAGGAGACCCAGAGAGAGGGGUGAGACCUGAGGGAGACUGCUGGGGGGGAUGGGGGACAGCAGGGCCAAUACCUACCAUUAUUCAUUACACAAUAUGGGUGUCUAUAGAAACAUCAUACAGAUAUACAGAGGGGGGUCAUUUAUUAUUUUUAGUGUUUUGGGGGUUUGGGUACAGAAUGUGUCAGGGACACAGCCAUUAAUAUGGGAUUUCCAGCUGUGUGUGUGUAUAUAUAUCUCAUAUCAUACCAGUCCUGCUUGGUCUAUGGUCCUCUGGCUGGGGGUACCAAAGGGUUGUCAUCAGUCCUCUGUAGGAUUUGUUUACUAAAACUCUGAACUGGAAAUUGACAUUUAUAAUGGCAGAAUUGGAGCUAAGACAGCCAAGCUGGGGCUAUAGCAGAGCUUUCAGAAUCAGCAACUGGCCCUUUAUUUCAAUUUGUAACCAUUCAGAAGGAGUAAACAAGUCCCCAGUGUGUAGUAAUGACACUUUAUUGUAACAUGCAUUGUGUACUGCCUGUGUCAUGUGUUUUCUUUCAAUUUGUCUCUGUCAUGCACAGCACAGGAGUAUCAAUUGUGUUACUGUGUUACAGGGGGUGAUAUGACAUAGGAAACUCCUUUCACGCCAGUAAGUCUUAUUGUAUGUUGUAUUUUAGCAAAUAGCGGUCCUUCAAUAAAGAAUGAUUUCUAAACUUUACAAAGCAGUUUGGAUAAGGACAGUGUAUAAGCAGGGAUAGGAUUUCUCAUAGGAGCUCCUCUCUUGACAACAAAUGUGCUUAGUUUUCCUGUUUUAGAUAUGUUUUAGUUUUGCUGUGGAGUAUGUAACGCCCUCUGGGUAAUGUUUAAUAAGUUGGGAUCUCCUGUAGCCUUUUUGGAACUGAAUAAAACUGAAGAGAAUUUAAGGGAACUUGAAUUAGGAAGUGAACGUCAUAUAGAGAUGCAGUACACGGAUUCAUUCAUAUAAUAUGCCUGCCAGUGGUUUUGAAAACAUUUAAUUAUAGCAGGCUGAUCCAAUGAAUAAUCUAAUAACAUGGUAGAAUUAAAUUAAAAUGUGUAGUUGAAACUGUCUAAGGUACAAAAGUAUUUUUCAUGAUGACUAAUGGUGAUGCACAUUUUAAAAUUUGCAUACAAUAUGUAUUUGGGAUGUACUUUAUACGUUGCAUGACAGAAACAGGAUCUAUGUGACUCUUAUUUGCCCGCAGAUGCCGUUUUCCCUGCUCGCACACCAUAGUGGAGUAUUGCACUUGGUGAACCACAGGACAGAUUUAGAGUCAGCAUGAGCGGGCAACGUGUUGAUGUCAAGGUGGUGAUGUUGGGAAAGGAUGCCGUGGGAAAGACAAGUCUGGUUGAGAGAUAUGUGCAUCAUCGAUUUCUCCAUGGACCCUAUAGGAAUGUAAGAACACGAUUAUUAUUUUGGCUUUCUGUUUACUGCUUAUGACAAUAAUUAUCCAAACAAAUGUUGUAACAUACCUUCUCUCCUAUUGAUGAAUCUAUCCAAAAUAUAAAUGAGAAGGUUGAUAAUUAUUUUAUCAAAAACCUUGAUAAAUCCCCUGCAGCUGACCGGUUCUGUUGAUCUUUUUAUUGCUUUGCAAAAAUGCAAAUAAUGUGUUGGGUUUUUGCACUUUACAGAAUUAGAGGAGGUGCAGGUGAGCCCUCAGUAGCAAAUUAUGUAUACAAUUGUUUAUACCAGAAGCUGCCAGACCCAAGUAGGCCAAAUGAGGAGUUCAAGGGAUCUCCUCGGCCGGCUCAGAGUGCCACAGUGCCAGGAGCAAUGGGUGCAGCCACCACUCCCUCCCUCGCAAUCCAGCAUUUCUCAGUAAUUCAGAUUGUGGCCACAAGUUACCAUGGCAAUGGUAUGAAGUACUGGUGAAAUGCCAAAUCAGUGAGAGACUGAAGGGAUGUCUGCUACUGUAGAAUGUGCAGGCUGCAAGUUCCUCCACUGGACCACCAGGGAUUAGUGAGGAUUCAUGCCCUCCUCCCAGGCCAAAGGUAAGCAAGAGGGAGGAGAAAAAAAAAACAGUUUAUACAUGUUUAUUUCAGUAGACUUCCCCUGACAACAUCACUGGAAAAUACCCCCAUACGCAAUAUAUACACUACACCUCAAAUGGCCCACACAAACGAAACACAACAGACAGCCCCCACAAGACCCACAAAUAAUACAAACAACCCGCAUGCACACAUUUAACAUCAAAGAUAACCCACAAAUAUAAACUAUACCACAAAUAGCACACAUGCAGAACACCAGAGAUAAUCCUGCACCAAUAGUAUAAGCAACCCACAUACACAAACUGGUGUUAUGGACAGAGGGAAAGGAUCUAAUGAAAACAGCUUACACAAUACCACAGGCCUGCAACCCCUAAAAUACACACACCUAAAACUACAGACACCGCACCAGCAAAAGCAACACCACAGACAAUCCCCACCAUACACAGUACUACAAGCAAUUCACAUACACACUAAUCACACAAACCACAAACAGUACACACUACACACACACACACACACACAUAUUAGUGCCCCACACCGAAUACCAAAAAUCGUCCAGAUACAAAAAUACCACAAACAAGACACACAAAUACAUAACAACACAACAGGCAGCCCACACAUGCAAUAAAAAGAUAUAAAGAUAACAUAUUGUGUAUGUGUGUGUGUGUUAUCUUUAUAUUUUUUAUUGUAUGUGUGGGCUGCCUGUUGUGUUUUAUAUGUGUGUGUGUGUAUAUACAUGUUACUAUAUGUGUGUGUGUAAAACUGAAGACUAUGUCUUUCAUAAAAAAAGGCAAAGAAAACAUGUUACUAUAUGUGUGUGUGUAUAUAAGAAAACAUGUUACUAUAUAUGUGUGUGUGUAUAUAUAUAUAUAUAUAUAUAUAUAUAUAUAUAUAUAUAUAUAUAUAUAUACACACACAUAUAGUAACAUGUUUUAUUUGCCUUUUUUAUGAAAGACAGUCUUCAGUUUUACUUUUAGAAAGUGAAUGGUGCAUUGCAUAUUCAACUAUUCUGAUUGACAAAGAAGUAUUUUUGAUAAAAUAUAUGAUUAUGUAAUCUAUGUGCAAAUGUAAAAGGUCUUUGAUCUUUAGGGAUUGGUUUUCAUGUGAAAACUCUCCUACUUGUGAACUUACUCCCUAUACAUGUUGGUAAAAAAAAAAAAAAAAAAAAAGUAUUUAUUUUGUGUCCAACUCCCCAAAAUAUUCUUUUGAAUUAGUAAACCCAAAUUGUAAGUUAGGUAGAUACAAAUCUAAUGAUUUGCAUGAAAAAAAGUUAAUAUAUACCAAGCUGUGUAUGUAGAUUAUCUAUUUUUUUUAAUAUAUAUAAAUUUAAUUCUGAUCAAGUUGUAUGUAUGUAUUUUAUAAUCUGUACUAGACUGAUCCCAAUGCUAUUGACUAUCGCGGUUAGUGAGUGGCUAAUAUUAAUAUAUAUUAAAAUGAUUUGUGCAUUCCUAGGUCCUUGAAGUAUAAGCAGUUUAUGAAACCACUCAUUAUAGAGGCACAUUUUUACAUAUAUGUCUCUGUUCUUCCUCUAAUUGUGCAACUCAUAUUACCGUCCAAACUGUCUGCUCUGCCAUUGAGGGAAUCUCUGAAUCAUCCACAAAUUACAGUGUUUCUAUUUACAUUGUAUGGCUGUAAGGAUGAAGGCUGAAGCCUAAUAGAUAAUAAUACUGCUCACUGCCAUUGCUUGGUUAGAGGAAAUAGAUUUAUAUUUUCUUGUCUGCAAAACUAAGACUGAUAUUAUAUAUAAUUUAUUUGUAUUUUUUUUAAUACAAAAGAUGAUCACGUGAAAUAUAGCUCUGCAUUCUGAAAUACCGUAAUUCUGUUGCAGAGGAAGUUCUAUUCUUGCCUCAUUGUUGGUUACAGAAUCACUUUGCUGUAUUAAGGCCAAAGGGAAUGUGUGUUUUUGUUUUCAGUGCAAACAUUUCAAGUAACAAGUAUGGGAUUAAAUUAAUUGGGGAAUUCACUGUUUAAAUAAAACUGACAUAUAAGUUUUCACACGGUCUUCUGAAAACCAUCUAUACAAGGAUAUCAUUCUUUUCUUUGGUUCCACUUUCACAGCUAGAGUGCAAAUCUACACUGGAUAUAUAAGGAUCAGAAUUGUGAAUCAAUGUACCACAUUCCCAGCUACCCACUCAUUCAGACUUUUAUAACGUAUUCCGCCAUUUUCUUGGAGUCUGUUACGUCCUGGCAGCUUCAGGGGCGAUAGGAAGGGAGCGCAGACCAAGUGAUUUAAUAAUUGUGCAGAAUUUACCAUGCACUGUGCACCUCUGUUGAUGCAAACUAUCUACUAAAAAAAAUGAAAUAAAAGUAAUCCCAUUUAUGGCAAAUAAAAAAAAAGUUCAUAGAAAAGGCAGUACUGCAUUGUUGAGAUCACUUUGAUUUCCUCCAUAUAACCAGACCCCAAAUCCCUAAUUGUAAGAAUAGCACUGCACAGGAAUUCUGUAUAGCGCAGUGUAUUCUGAUAAUCUAGGUCUAGGGUUUCUAAUAUUUAUAUGCAUGCAUGUGCCUACCCAUAAUUCCUAGAGGCAAUGAAAGCAUGGUAAUCGGAAAAAAACAUCUGAGGGUUUGCUGAAUUGAAAUAAGUAGAUGUUCUCAACUAACGGACAAUUCUAAUAGCAAAUUAUAGACUGUUUCUGAAAAUAUUUAUUAAGGCAUAUUUUGAAGGUUAAAGGUCAACUUCAGUGUAACAAAUGUUUUCCACUGAAAAUUAAAGCUGCAGAGCUCCUUAGAGGAAAAAUUUAUGAGAAGUGAAUUACUAGCAAGAAUCAUUAAUUUAACUUUCUUCUGGCGCUCAUGUCCAAGGGACUUUACAAAGUUAAAGAGACACUAUAGUCACGAAAAACACCUUCAGCUUAAUGAAGCGAUUUUGGUGUAUAGAUCACGUUCACACAGUCUAACUGCUCAAUCCUCUGCCAUUUAAUUAGCCAACUCAAUGCUAUGUAUAUGGUAAAGCAGAAAUACCCACUUGUCAUACAGAUGUUAUUAUUUGUCAUAGCAGUGUGGACUAGUGAAAAUUUCCAGCAGUGAAAUGUGUUCGUGUGUAUAGGCCAUUUCAGGUGUUUGUUCCAAAGGUUGGGGCCUUAGAGAGCACACAAAGACAGACUGUGGUGGUAGGACUAGUAUACCUGUAAUGAUAGCUUUGAGCAAAGUGUUUUGCUUGCAGCUGUAGUGGUUUUGAUCACUAUAUCUCCUUGUUUUGCACAUGACCAACCACGUGAUCCGUCUCUGUAGAUAGUACAUUAACCAAAAAAACAUUUAUCCUGAUUUAUUCUUUUGGGUGUAUUUAAAUUUUUUGCAAAUAUAAAAGUUGUAUGAUUAUGUUAUAUUUACACAUCUAUACUAUUUAUUCCUUUCUUUUUUUCCGAUUUCAGACUGUAGGAGUAGCAUUUAUUGCCAAAGCUAUGUGUGUGGAUGGACGGAACCUUACACUGGGAAUCUGGGUAAGUGGGAGGUUGUAGAGUAGAAGAGAGUUGUGAAAUGCAGACGAAGUAAACGUUUUAAAAUGGAAAGAUAUUUUCACAUUCAUUCUGUGUGUUUGUGUGAUCUUCAAUAAUUUUUGGAUCUCUCUUUCAGGACACUGCUGGCUCUGAACGUUAUGAAGCCAUGAGCCGCAUGUAUUACAGGGGAGCCAGAGCUGCUAUAGUGUGUUAUGGUAAGGUGACAAUCAACAAAUGUAUUUAGGAAAAAUAACUGGGUGCUCAUCUGUUUACCAAGACCACCAUGAAUAUAUCUUUGGAAAAUUUGAAAUGAAUUCCUCAUGCACUUAGUAGCAUAGUAUCCUUUAAUUCAGGAUAAUUCUGUAAAAUUGGGAUUUCAAAAUUCAGUCUAAAUUAUAUAAAGUUCACAGAUAGCAGCUUCUAAAUGAAUGGAUAUACAAUUUAUUAUGAAGACAAUUUAAUACCACCAACACCAUUCUGGUAACACUGUCUCAAGCGGGGCAAUCCUACUCAUGACGCCAAUACUCUGGCUUCAUUGGUAAUGCAUUGGCAUCAGAAUUGGAUGGCAUCUGUUACUCUGUUCUUAUACUACAGAAGAAAAAAUAGGGAUAUUGUCUACCACUGUCAAUCUGAGGUAAAGUGAGAUGAUUCACCACCCUAAUUAGGGGUUUGAGCCCUAUAAACAUAUGAGAAUAAAUUUAAUGUGGUGAAACACCGUCAUUAAAGUGUAAUAAAAAGACAUAUAUCCGACCAAUGGAUAUAUAUCUAAUGGCAGAAAUGAUAACAAUAGAGGAUAUAAAUAGGAAAUACGAGGAGAACAACUAAAUACAAAUGUUUAGUUCUACAACACAAAAUAUCUCCCUAUAAGUGGAGUACAGUAAGGAGGAUAUAAAUAACCUAGAAUGCGACAGGUAUAAUGUUAGUAGAUAAAUGGCAGCUAGGAUAGGUACUGUUGUAAACAUAACAUAUGGCAAUAUGUCUAAUUUUUCACCCAAUAUCCUAAUGCCUUACAGUCACCUGGUAUGAUGCAGUCACAUAGAAGUUAUAUCAUUUAUCAAGUGGACUACGAACCCACUGUAAACAGCAAUAGUAGAUGAGUAAGUCUAUUGUUAAAGCCCACGAUCUAUGAGCUGUUAGUCAGUAAAUGGGAUCCCAGGAAGGGUGUGUGUGUCGGCUGGUCCCUACGAUAGUUAAUGCGAUUUCUAGUCCCUGCACAAUUUAGCAGCUGGCACACGUUCCCUCCAUGUGAGUAACCCAUACUGGAUACAUAUGUAACAAGAUUGUAAAACAAAAAUAUCACAAAGAAAGGUAUAACAAAAUAAUGCAACAAUUCCUAAACUGAAUGUCAAUUGGGGAUACAAAGUGAAUAAAAUGGUAAGUCUAACUAGAGUCCUGAGCGGAGGAGUGCAGUAAUGCUGAAGAAAAUAAAAAGUCUUAAGUUAUCAAGCCGCACGCUUAAUGGACAACACUGUCCGCACUCUAUGCGCGUUUCACCCGGCAGCCGUCCCUGGGAUCACCGGGUUUGUUCUAAUAAAAUUUAUAUUUUAUUUCACUUUAAUGACAAUGUUUCACCACUUUCAAUUUAUGCUGUUCUUAUAUUACCUCAACAAGCGCUACCCUGAAAAAUAACAACAGCAACUACCUCACAUGUGCUAGUGAUGCAGUGAUGGAGGGCAGAAGAUUAAGCUGGUCUACUGCUCCCCUCUGUCAUUCCAAUGUUGUUAUAGAUCUUUCUACUGAGAAUUCAUUGCCAGCUGACGGGAGAAUCAGAAGUCUAUGUAGCUUUUUAAUAGAACCUGUAUUUCUUAACAUGUUGUAUUGCCCCUCCCCCGUGCCAAAUAGUAAUGAAAUAACACUUUUGACCUACCUGAGGCUCCCACAGCACUGCUUACCUCUCUACCUCCUGCAACAUCAUGGGGGAGGAAUGGUCUCCUCCACAAAGGUCCAGUUAUCUGUUCCUCAAGAACAUUUGGGAUCUGAUGCGCAUGCACAGCAAGUGCCGAACGCAUUCAAGUGACCACUGUCCCCAGAGUCCUGGUUGAGAUGAUGUGGGCUAAGUGAUUUUUGCAUUCCUUUAAGACAAUUACACGUAAUAUAACUUUGCUAGCACUGUAUAUACAUUAAAUCUUGUAGUCUUUCAUUUUAAGUUGUGUGUGCCAUGACAGGUACCCUAUAAGGUGCCCAGCAUAAUUUCGAAAUAUCAUUGCUUGUUAGGCAAAACAAAUAAUUAGAUAAAUAAUCAGAUCAGUUGUUUUUAUGAACAUGUUACUUACUUGCUGCAGAGGGAUUUAGAUAGACUGGGGGACUGGGCACUCAAAUGGCAGAUGAAAUUUAAUGUUAAAAAAUGCAAAGUUUUGCACUUGGGCGUAAAGAAUACACAUGCAACGUAUACCCUUAAUGUAAGCGAAUUAGGGAUAACAACACACGAAAAGGACUUGGGAAUUGUUAUAGACAACAAACUAUGCAACAAUGUGCAAUGUCAAUCAGCAGUGGCCAAGGCCAGUAAGGUAUUGUCAUGCAUGAAAAGGGCAUUCAUUCUCGGGACAAGAAUAUCAUUUUGCUUCUUUAUAAAUCACUGGUAAGACCCCAUAUUGAAUAUGCUGUGCAAUUUUGGGCACCUGUUCUAAAGAAGGAUAUUAUGGCACUAGAAAAAGUGCAGAGGCGGGCUACAAAAUUAAUAAAAGGAAUGGAACAUAUCGGCUAUGAAGAAAGGUUAACAAAUUUAAACCUAUUUAGUUUAGAAAAACGUCGCCUGAGAGGGGAUAUGAUAACAUUAUACAAAUAUAUUCGGGGCCAAUACAAACCAUUGUGUGGAAAUCUAUUCACAAACUGGACUUUACAUAGGACACGAGGCCAUGCGUUUAGACUGGAAGAAAGAAGAUUUCGUCUAAGGCAAAGGAAAGGUUUUUUUACUGUAAGAACAAUCAGGAUGUGGAAUUCUCUGCCUGAAGAAGUGGUUUUAUCAGAGUCCAUACAGAUGUUCAAACGGCUACUAGAUGCAUACUUGCAAGAACAGAAUAUUCAAGGAUAUAAUCUUUCAAUGUAGGGUAAUAACUGCUUGAUCCAAGGAUAAAUCUGACUGUCAUUCUGGGGUCAAGAAGGAAUUUUUUUCCUAGCUUGUUGCAAAAUUGUGCUUCAAACUGUUUUGUUUUUUUUUGCCUUCUUUUGGAUCAACAGCAAAAAACAAAUGUGAGGUAGGCUGAACUUGAUGGACGCAAGUCUCUUUUCAGCUAUGUAACUAUGUAACUAUGUUGACUUGCUUAAAGUUACUUUAGAACUUUGCUUUUUCUUGUGCUAUAGAUAUCACAGACAGCUGCAGUUUUGAGCGAGUGAAGUUCUGGGUGAAAGAACUACGAAACUGUGAGGAAGUAAGUAUAUAUUUAUUACUUUAUUAAAGCUUAAAGAUUUGCGUUGAACAUUGUAAUAACUGCACUUUCUGUCUUCGUAGCAAUGCCAAAUCUACAUAUGCGGGACUAAAAGUGAUAUAGUGGAAAAUGACAAAAGCCUGCGCCAGGUUGACUUCCAUGAUGUGCAGGAUUACGCAGAUGGUAUGGUUUAUUAUAAAUAUUGGGUUUUAACAAAAAAAUAAAAAGCAACAUUUUGCACUUUCUCCAGCUCUAGAUUUAAGGAAACAAAAGAUUGAGAAAUAGCAUAUAAUUAAACAAGGUAUUUCUGAUUUUUCUAUUUAUUAUUGAAUUUACAGAAUGAUAUGACCCAUUCUUAACUAAUACAGGCUAUAACAUUAAAAAUGUUGUAGAACCACAACCACUGCAUUUAUUUGUGUUUAAAUAACAUGGCAGUACUGUGUUGUGCAAAUGUAUGCAUGGUGUAAAAUGAACAUAUCAUACAGUUUACAGUGUUAUUUUGGAUUAUAUUGUCCAGUCUUGGGAGAAUACUGUCUAUUUAAUCUGAGUGAAAAGAAGCCAUUUUCAAAUGUGCUGCCACCUCCGGCUCUAGUCUUGUUUUAACAUUGAAUACAAAAACCUCACCCAUGCACAGUGGUUUCAUAUAUCAUUUCAUUUGAAUUUGUUUGUUUUGGACAGCUGAGCACAUCUUUGAACACUGUAAAUACCGCGACAUGUUUGAAAUGUACACUAAUAACGUUUAUGCUUACUCUUAUUAUUUUUCAUUGUUUGUCCUUUUCCACUUUAUUGGUCCUUGUUCCACAUUGUGCUGAGAUAAAAGCCUACUUCUGUGAUAACUCUAUGAAAGAUUUAUUGAGAGAGAGAGAGAGCGAGAAACAGACACUUUUAUUAAAAAGUAAGGUGUGGUGAGGUUAUUGGGUUACAGAGAUUUCAUCAGGAGGUGGAAGUAGGUCAGGCCUGAUAUGCAUACAUGCAUUUUAAUAUAUGGUAUCUGGACAGUAUACAAUGCCAAGGUUAAAGGGACACCGUAGGCACUGUAUCUGCUUCAUCUCAUUAAACUGGUUAUAGUGUCUGGAGUCCCCUGGUACCAUAAUUUCUUUCAGCAUUAAACAGUUUUUAAUGUUUUUAUGUUUUAAUGCUAAACAAGAGUCCCCGGCAGUCCAUCCCAUCUGUGCAGCUGUGGCUAAUAAGGAAGUAUUAGCCUGAGCAGCAAUGGACAGCUGUGAUUGGCUGAGAGUGUCAGGUGACUGCUUUCAGCCUGUCAGAGCUCCAACUGACGGUAUGAAUGGGUAUGACAACAAGGAAGUGUGUAAUCUCGGCCUUAGCUACACAUACAGAAGGGGCUGGACUGUAGGUGGCCAGGGACUCCUAUGUUGUGGCAUACUGCACGAACAUGGUGCAACACUGAGUGGAGGGACAGUACCAGGGCACUCCAGGCACUAUAACUAAUUCAGAGAGAUGAAAUGGUUAUAGUGACUACAGUAUCACUUUAAGCAUUCCUUGCUAAGCAUCUUUAUUUUAAAAUUGAAAACCCUAAACUUUAUAAACAUUGCUUUGUGCAUUUAAAACAAUUCCUGAACUACAGCUGAAUUUGAUUGACAGCAAAUUAGAAACAUCACAGGAACAGUGCUUGACCUAAGUACUGAGAGGAUCUGCAGCACUGAAGUGGCCAAACCAUGAGUUAUAUUUAUCAUUUAGAGUAGACGAUCCCAAAGUCGGCUUAUAAACACUUACAGGUGGCCUCUCUUUACAAGCCAAGAGUCCAUACUAGACCACAACCAUCAGCUCUGUCCACCCUGUGGCUGGUGGGAGUGAUGCCAGCACUAUUUCUAUGCCUAUAAUCAGGGCCGUCUUUAAUAUCGCUAGGACCCUGGGCAAAGCAUUUUCUUCGGUCCCCUGGGCACUCCCUCCCCCCCUUCCCACUCCCUGGCGUGCAAUCACACCUUUCACAUACAUACUGACACACCCACACAUAUAUACAGACAGGCAUACUGACACACCCAGACACAAACACACUGACAGGUAUACUGACACACACACACACACUGACAGACAUACUGACACACACAUACCCGGACAGGCAUACUGACACACAGACACACACACACACACACACACACACACACACAAACAAAGGCAAACACUGACAGACAUACUGACAUACCCAUUGACAGGCAUACUGACACAAGACACAUACAGUGACCCACACAUAUAAUGACAGACAUAUUGAGACACACAGACAUACACACAGGUAUACUGACAGACACACAGACAUAUUGACACAGUCACACUUUUAAAUCUACUCCCCUUUUCUUACCUUGAAAGAUUGCUUCCCUGGUGUCCAGAGUGGUUGCUGAGGCUGUUGGGGUUUGCCAACUGGCAAUCAGGACCAGCCCCCCUCCUCUCUGCUUCCCUGGUGUGGUCUCUCCUGCGCGGCUCUCUAUAUAUUUAAAAAUAAGAGUGAGGUAUUAAAUUCUGAAAUGAGGACCUUCUCCUGUGACCCAAAAGACCCAAGCUGGUGCCUAUUUUAGACUACCGAUCCAAGUCAUCUGACUAUUGCUUUCUUGCUAACUAGAACCAGAAAGUGAUCCACUUGCAGUUCCCUCAGGUGAAGGUGAACAAACACCAGGGAGUCCACUGAGCUAUUGGUUCUCAAAGUGGAAAUUCACAUGCUUCGGCCAUGCUAAAGCUGUUGAAAACAGCACAGCAGACCACUCAUGCCACAUUGCAAGUCCAAGAGGAUGCACUUGAGGAAAAGCUGUAGACGUCCUGUCAAAAAAUAUGUAUCACAGGUAGCACAAAUGUGUAUGAAGAUUAUAUCGAAUUGUUAUAUUUUACAAAGUAAUGUUCACGCUUUACCCUUAUGAGCUGAGAAGGAGGAAAUAACUUGAAAAAACAGUUAUCACCACCUGAUCUUAUUUUGAUCUGAAUUUUAGAUAGCAUAGUUGCUGUAAAAUUCACAGUUCGAAGAUUCCAAACAAACGUCUUUGUGUUUAAGUGGAAAAUGUAUUGUAAAAUAUAACAUUGAAUGUCAAAUGAUCAUCUUUGUGUAAAAAAAAAAAAAAGUUGCCCGUGUGACAAACUAGUUGGGCAAAAUGGUUUUUAUAAUUUAAAGAAUUAUAAACCACAGAUUAGCAAUUGCUAUAGAGCAGGCAUCCAAAAUAUAUAUUUUAACAGCAAUUAUGUAGCCAAUCAUAUUCAAAAAAUGGGUAAUCAUUUGAAAUUGAAAUGGUUGUUUAGUGCUCUGUAUCAGCUUUAGUAAAGGAUCUUUUCUUCAAUUUUUAUUUGCUUAUAUUUUGAGAUGUACUACAAAAAAACAACAACCACACUCAUCAUCAUCAUCAUCAUCAUUAUUAAUAUGUGGUAUGCUUUAAUUAAUAUGCUUGGAAACUAUUUAAACUAGAUCACUGCUCCCAGUUGUCAUAUUUUAGUGUCCAACUUCCUAUGCUAUGAAAAUCCAAUCUUCUGUAAAUUCAACCUAUGGGGAGAUUUUUCUAGGUAUUUGUUAUUGGCUCCAUAAUUUAACUUCUUGCCUUAAGUACACUGUCUUUUUGUUCGGUGCAAAGCAUUUUCAACCAUUUCCUGCCUGACCUUCCUUCCUGUCCUCCAUACUGAAGGUUAGCUAAAAUGUUACGCUGACGCAUUUUAUAGUUUGAUGCCCCUCUGGCUCAUGAUAACUCAGCAUUUGGUUUAGUACUAAGUAUUAGUGAUAAUUGUAGGCAAUACAUUGUUCCCACAAGGCUCAGUGAUGCAUUAGCAACACAAAAGAUUGGUAGCCUUCACUUAAAAUGAUGUUUUCGCAUUCCAUUUACUGAAUAGAAACACGUCAUCUGUAUUGUUAAAGUUUCCAGGAAUACAGUAUACCUUUUUCUGUGGUCAGGAGUCAUAUCUGAAUCACCUUUACAUUAUCUCAAUGUAAUCCAGUGAGUUUUUACGUGCUAGUUAUAAUGUUCUUUAUUUCUCUAAGUAGCUAGAAUAGUGUUUGUUUUAUUUCGCUACUGCAGAAAAAGUAUAUCAAAUUUGCACAUGCCUAGAUUGUUGGGUUAUAGUGGAAUAGUAUGUAUUAUUUCUAUAGAAUGCGUAAAAUAAAAGCUUGGUUGUUUAGUAUGCUUCUUGGUCACAUGAUAAGCAUGCUGUGACGGUUAAGGAAAUGGUAAAAUAAGCCUUGUGCUGUUACCCAAAGUAAUUAAUACCACUAUUAAAAGAAUGCUAUAGCGAAAACUAAAAAAACAGAUUUUUCUUUUGUUGAUCUGGCUUGACGGUCGCGUAUGCAACACAGGAUGAGUUAGGACUAUAUAAUUCCUGGGUGCCUCAAUUGUUUUGUUUAAGGGCUGUUUAGGAGGAUUUUGGAGGGGAAACCCAGUAAGCUACCUUUUUGUUACUGAUCAUGCCCUGUAUCUUGUGUACACAUUCCUUGGCUUGUGUAUGUGUACAAGCAUGUCAUUUAGGUCAAAUGUAAAUAAGUUUUGUACAGGUGAUACCUGUCAAGGUGCAAAACGUGCAAAAGUGGGGGAGAAAACAGAAUGGUGUUUUAACAUGUCACUGAUAUUAGAUGUGCUUGAUAAACUUGCUUCUAUUUUAAUCCCAGUUACUUUGCUGCCAACUUCUACUUUCUGAUGUCACAGGUCAUGCGAGAACCAGAACAUUGCACUAAUGUUCUAUGCAGAGACAAAUAUCUGACCUGCAUAACUAACUAUUUGACAGGCACACAAAUCGUAGACAUUAUAAUGAAUUGAAAUAUUUUACAAAGUAAUACUCACUCUUUACUCUUACAAGUUGCAAAAGAGGAAGUAAUUUGGAAAAACGGUCAUCCGCACCUGAAUUGUUCAUAAAGAUAACACUUAAUCAUACUUAUUGCAUAUUCCACAGUUUAGGGAUUCCAAAGAACUCGCUUGUCUGUAUUUUAGUGAAAAAAACCUGUAAAGCAUAACAUUGUAUCUGAAAUUAACUAUAUAGUCUAUAAAAGAAGUUGUCGUGCUUGCACUAGUUAGGCAAAAUAUUUUGAUUACUUAGUAAAUUGCACAAUGUGCCAUGACAAUAAUUCUAGCAAGCAUGCCACCAGUCAUUUUAUAGAAGCAGGUAAUCAAUUGACACUUCUGAGUUUCUUCACUGUCCCACUUUGCUUAAGAGGUUGACAAUUAUGCAUGAGUUUUAUUUCAAACAGGAUCAUGUCCUAAUUGAGCAUUUGUUUCUUGUAAUAAAGAGUUUUUGUCUGGUUUAGGACUCUGUCUUUAAGGUGACAUGUUUUUGUAUUAAAAGGGACAUUCCACAUAAUAAUGACUGCAUCUUACUGCAGUGUUAUUGGUGCAAGAUAGCACUGGAUGCAGACCCUUCUGGUUUUUGUAAAGCCAUUUCCAAAUCAGGGGUCUACCCAUCACCCAAAAGCCAUCCAUUUGUCUGAAGGAAUAAGAAAGUUUCACGGAGAGCUUUAAGUGUCAAUUCAGCGGCAUCAAAAGGGAUAAUGAACAAUGUGUGUGUAACGGCACCCCCAGGCAUAAAAGGGUUCAACCCCCGUUUAGUAGAUCUUCCCUUCCAGAGACACAGGCACAGCUACUGCAGAACAUCAAUCCGCCAAACAGGAAACCAUAUGAAUGCUGUAAACAGCCGAAUAGGAAAAACCAUACGAAUAGGUUUACACUCCUAGCAGUCAAACUGGAACAGCAUACAAUAAAUCCCCCCAUGAACGAGACAAAGCUCCGUGUUGAGGGUCAAAAAAGUGAACAGACAGGGCUGUGGGUUUAUUGUGCUUAUGUACACAUUCUUACACAUUAGUACCACCCACAUAGUUUUGGAACACAACCAAUAAACACAUACAAUACACUCAGACACUCCCACACAAAAUCCUCCCCUCUGCCUGUGAUACAAUUACCUUACACAAUGGGUAAUGUAAUUAUAACAAGCAGAGAAAUACAAUUUUUCAACGUUAUUCAUAACUUGAAAAGUAUGCAUCGCAUUCACAUAAAUCUUACAUUUUCAGAAUCAGCAUACUCCAAACAUAUAUCAAAAUCAUACAAAUUGGUCCAGUGGUUCAAAAGAUAGAUCAUAGUCCUUUGUGACCAAAGGAAGCAUGGCUUUUCUGCCCAAAACCAGUUCCACAGAGUCUUCUAUCCUGGAGAUAAUUGUGAAGUAAUCCAAUUAUCUCCAAGGACAGAGGCAAAACUCCAUUGAACACAUGGCAGCAAAUGACAAUAAAACACACAAAAACAUAUAACUGUGCAGCCAUUGCACAAAACAGGUACAUUCAACAUAUCCCCAGAUAGCUCAGAUCUGAGCGCACAUUAUUUCUGAAUGGCGCUCAGAGCACACACAUACAGCUCAAUUGCCAUGGAGCCAAAGUCUUUCCCAUAGUCUUUCAUUAUACGAAUGGGCUCCAUGGCAUAGCUAUCUGGGGUAUCACCACUCAAACAGGGCAAGCACCAAAUGACCCGGCUUUCAUGUCUUUGCAGGGGAAAAUCAAGCCUUUUAACAUGGGGCCAUAAUCCAAAGGCAACAGGCGAGCAACCAGGCUUCUCCAAUGCAAUGUGGCGAGAUUGCUCUCGUCACAGUGUGUUUCGCCUGCUAACCCUUAAAACUAUUUUGGCCAGAAAAUGUGGAAGUGAAACAUCAACAGAUUGUGCAUUCUAACAUUCCCUUGAGAGUGGUUACUGGAGUACUUGUGAUAUUUCUGUCUGCUUCCUUCGGCCCUUGUGUGGUCGACUUAAGACAGUUUGUUUUUGUAAAAACAACAUAAAACAUUUCUACCUUGUGUUCAUCAAUAAUACAGCAUAUACUAUGAGGAGUAUAUAACGAGGGUUUUAUAAUAAUUAUUUUAAAAGAAAAUACUCAAUUGGGACAAGUAAAUACCUGGGUUAAGGAAACUUUAUAAGAUAACGUUCACCCUAAAAUAAAAAUAAAAAAUCAUUAUCAAACAAACAAUUAGCAAUAAUUGGAGGGGGGAAUACUCCCUAUGCCAGACAGUUAACAGGGAAAAGUGUGAACAGAAACAGAAUGUAAAUGAGAGAUUGAAUUGAACCUCCAGAGAGUCAGGUAAUCAAAGCUGCAGAACAAGCUGAGAAGGUCACUACAGGUCAAAAGGUUGUCUCAAAUUCCAAUUGAGGAGCUUUUUUUGUUGUUUUAGCUGGAGUAGCAAUUUUACAAGGUCGCUUUUGAGUCCCUGUCACUGAAGUGGGAGCCAUGGGUGGUUAAAGGGACACUCCAGGCACCCAGACUUCUGCCCAUUGGAGUGGUCUGGGUGCCAACUCCCACUACCCUUAACCCUGCAAGUGUAAUUAUUGCAGUUUUUUAUAAACUGCAAUAAUUACAUUGGAGGGUUAACUCCACUUCUAGACAGCCACUAGAGGGCAUUUCCGUGUCCCUAGCACAGGAAACCUGUGCUAGAGCGUCGCUGGACGUCCUCACACUGUGUGAGGACCUCCAGCGUCGCUCAUUUUCCCAUAGGAAAGCAUUGAAAAGCAUUUUUCCUAUGGGGAGCUCUAAUGCGCAUGCGCAUUAGGUCUCCCCGGACUGUGGGCGGGAUCAGUCUCACCCACUGGCCGACGCAAUCACUGGGAGGAGCAGCGGAAGAAGCAGCGAUGUGGGACAUGUCGCUGCCUCUGAUAAGUGACCUGAAGGGGUUUUCACCCCUUCAGCAACCAGGGAUUGGGAGGUGGAAGGGAGAGGGGACCUGCAGUAAUCCGUUUUCCUGGCACUGGAGUUUCCCUUUAAGGCAAUCCCAAAGCCAAUCCAUUAAACAGUUUUUAAUGGAUCUCUGGCAUGUUUGUAUCAUAAGUCCAUAUUGUCACAUCAUUUACAGUCAAGUCCGCUGCAUGUUUUCCUGGUGUCAAUGACACAGAGCACUGUCCAUCUGAGGCCUUUAUUAGCAUUGUUAGCAAACAUAAAAUGAGUGCCCUUACUACUGCAUCAUAUAUGGUCCUGCAAACUUGCACAUUCUUGGCAUGCAGGAAUGACACUGGCCAGUAGCUGUGGUCCACAUACUCUACCAGAAUGCAGAUCUACCAAGGAUAGGCAACCCUUGGCACUCCAGAUGUUGUGGACUACAUCCCCCCAUAAUAGCAAAGCAUCAUGGGAGGUGUAGUCCAAAACAUCUGGAGUGCCAAAAAUUGCCUAUAAAAAGAAAAAAAGGUGCGCUUUGUCUUUAAAUAUAGACUCAAAUAUUUAAAUGCCAAUGAAUUAUUGCAUGGGUGUGGAAUAUAAUCCCAAUUAACCAAUUUUGUGCAAAAUAGCAAUUAUGUGCAAUCCAACAAGAAAAAGUGCAAAUACAACAAUUUCUAUGGUGUUUUGGUGUUAUAUGGAUACAAAACCACUUACAUAAAUUCAAUUUUCAAUGCAUAUAGCUGUAUCUCUUCCACAGAAAUGUAUAAGGAAAGAGAAAAAAAUAUAUAUAGUGUGAUACCGUUAUAUACACAAACAGUAACAAGGUGAAUAUUAAAAUCCCACUCACAAUUGGAGAGCAGACCAGCCUGCUCUAUCAGCGUGUGUAUCAGCAAGGGAACAAGAAUGCAGCAGCAAGUGACUUUCCAAAAUCGUCUAUUAAUCAGCCAGGAUUUAUUGAUCACAAGUCACAAACAUUGCCUUUGCCUGCGAAUCGUUUCCUCACACUGAUGAAGGUGCCAUGGUGUUGUUUCUUGUACUCCCAACAACGUAUCCUAUGUUUUUGGUAUUUGACCUAGCUUCGGCAUAUGUUCUACAUUUUUUUAUAUUUGUUUAAACUUAUAUCUGCAAAGGGUUUAUCCUAAGGCUCACAAUCUCCAUGUUGGGUAUGUUCAUGUUUGGUUUGUCGAUUAGUAGAUUCAUAUGUUAAAAGUACUGAUCCGUAGUUUCCGCUGAGGCUUGUUUCUCCUUUAAUCUCCAGUAUCUCCCCUCCACACUAAUUUGUUCUUCCUGAAGAAAUUGUACCUCGGUGGUGAAUGGAGGUCAGUCAGCAGUUUAAGAUCUCCUUAAACCAGGAACAAAUAAUCCUUAUCUUUGGCUGCAGGCUUUUGUGAAAUUAACCUUGCUCUACUGAAUGUAUCUAGUUAAUAUUACUCGCAGUGAGUGGAAAAGUCUUCUGCUAGCAGCGCAAUAUUAUGUUUUGAGUCUCGAUGUAGCCUUGUGAGCUGGUUAGAGAUAACCCUGCAAACUAGAGGUUUAUCCAACCUCUGCUUCUAGAACUUUUAUUCCCCAUGGUUGGAAAGGCCACCAUAACUGAUACUUGUGUUGAAAUUUUGCUUACUAUUCUGGAAGUGGCACUUCUUCGUAUAUCCAAGCAAUAAGCCACUGAUCAUCUUGCCAACCUCCCCCUCGCUAGCUCUGAGUAAAUGUCCCCAAUAAACUAACCACUAUGUUUGUACAUACACACUUUAAGAUGAGGUUGAGGAUUACAAAAGAGGCAACUAUCUCUUACUGUGCAAACCACUCUUCUAGAAGAUUCAGUAUUGCAAUCUCUACAUAUCAAAAUAUGUACCACCCCUCUUUGUCAGAUACACUUAUAGGAGCAUUGUAUAACUUGUUGAAAAACAAAACAAAAAACUCAAAUCAUUAUGUAGUAUCAUGUCAUAAGGGCAUUAGUUGGUAGGGUUAUCUAGAGAGGUGUGAUUUAUAGAAUCCAUUAAAAGAACAAAAAACAGUGGUACAUAUCAACUCUGUAUACAUAGAUUGUGCGGAACCUCAUUUCAUGAAAGAAAUAAAAACAAACAAUAUAACAACCCUACUAUUUCUAAACAGUCUCCAUUGUUUCUGAUUUAUCAACAGAGAUUAAUGCUCAUGUUUGCGAGACAUCUAGUAAAACGGGAAAAAGUGUAGGUGAGUACACGUCUCUUUAUCUUUAGAAGAAUAAUCAAUUGCAUAUCAGUAAACCGCGUGCAUGUUCAUGUUUUGUCAAAUUGUCAAAUUGCAGGGACACACAGUCUGUUCAGUUUAUGGAUGCCUGAUCCACUAUAUGUUUCCAAGCACUGCCUCUAUACUGAUGGGAUGCACAUGAACACUGCUACCCCAUUGUACAUCUUAUAUGUCACCAGAGAAAUAUUAACUGUAGAAGAAAGCAUUUUCCGCGUAGUGCCCGUCAGUAUGUAGACAUAAUUUGCAUCCAGGAAAACAAUUGGGAAUUUGUAAAUACAACCUACUCAUGUAAAGAUAUCUUUUAGAAUCUUUCCAGUUCCAAUUUUUAUAUAUAACUGGUUUUUAUUGAGUUAUCAUAGAAAAUACAGGCUAAACAAUAAUAUAGCGUGUUCUCACAGACAGACAGUUGUGGGUCUCCAGCAAGUCAGUAUUAACGUGGACCACGCAGGGUUCCCAUGCAUUGUGCCUUUGAUUAUGCAAAACAGGUGUGACCAGUUACAAUUUUUUAAAAUCAUAAACAGUAGAAUCAUGUGAUUUCUGACAUUAUUUUAGAGCAGGGAAGGGCAACCUUCGACGCUCCAGAUGUUGUGGACUACAUCCCCCAUAAUGCUCUUACACCCAUAAUGCUGGUAAAGCAUCAUGGGAGGUGUAGUCCAAAACAUCUGAGGUGCCGAAGGUUGUCUGUGCCAUUUUUACAGGGUCACAGUGGUCCGCCACUGUAGAACAUUCCCUAGAUAUGCACCUGGUUAAUCAGUUUGUUUAACCCAUAUGUAAAAGUACAAUUACACCAGUCUACAGAAAAGUCACACUUUGUAUUGCCACACUAACGGUUAGCGGUUAUCCUUCACACUUGUUAGCUAACUAGACCAUGGGUCGUCAACCUGGACCCUACCGCCCACUAGUGGGCAUUUCAGGAUUCCAGGUGAGCGGUAGGGAUUUUCUAAUUUUGAUGGGUGGCCCAUGCUGUCAGGGCCACCCGAUGGAUGUGGAUUGUGAGGGGGCCCGGUCAGCUUUAACAGCGCGACCGGGCCCCCUGUGAUUACAUCACAGAGCUGAGAGGAAGUGACUGCACGUCACUCCUCCCAGCUAACACACAGACCGCGCGGGAGGAAGGAGGAGGGAGUCAGAGUAGGAACUCUGACUCCCAUCCACCUGAGCCACCACUGGACCCCAGGGAAAGUCACCCUCCUGCACCUAAAAGGUAGGAAACAGGACGGUGACUAAAAUAUUUUGUAUGUGUUUGUUUGUGUAUGUGUCUUUGUAUGUGUGUCUUGUGUGUGUCUGUAUGUGUGUGUCUGUAUAUAUGUGUGUCUAUCUGUAUAUGUGUGUAUGUAUGUGCGUCUUGUCUUUGUAUGUAUUGUGUGUGUGUAUGUGUCUUUGUAUGUAUGUGUGUGUCUGUAUGCAUGUCUGUGUGUGUGUGUGUGUGUCUGUAUGUAUGUUUGCCUGCCUGUUUGUAUGUGUCUUGUGUCUGUAUGUGUGCCUGUCUGUCUGUAUGUGUGUGUGUCUGUAUGUGUGCCUGUCUGUUAUAGUGGGCUAUAGUAAGUAAUAGUAAGUGGGAUACCUCGCUCAGCCUUCCUAUUGGGCAUUGCUAUAAAGAAGGUUAAAACAUUUUUUUUAAAAGGUGGGGAGGGAAAUUGAGGAGGGAGAGGAGGGGAGCUGACACACAGAUGAGAAAUCAUAUUAUGCGCAAACAGAGAAGUCGUCUGAAUAUCACCGAAAGAGGAGACCUUCGUUUGUUCCUUACAAAAAUCGAACCAGAUAUCAAAUAUUUAGUCUUGCAGCAUCAACCUCAAGGAUCUCAUUAAUCACUAGUAAAGGUAAUUUCAAUUUACUUUAUUGUUUUCUCGUUAAACUUUAUAAAGUUAAAACAUUAUAAACAUGCAUUAAGUAGAAAUAAAAAGAUAAAUGUACGCACAUUUAUUUUUUUUAAAACAUCCUCCUUUCUAAAAAAUAUUCCGCACUUGAGCGAAAACUGGUGGGCGGUAAGGAAAUUUUUUCAACGAAAAAGAUGCAUUUGUGGGUGAUAGGUAGAAAAGGGUGGACUACCACUGAACUAGACUGUAUGCUCAUUAUCAACCUAUUGUUCCUGUUACAGUUUGUAACCAUUUGAUUUAUUGUUAAAGUACCUCCUUUAUAAUAAUAUUCUAAGGCACUGCAGAAUAAGUUGCCACUAUGGAAAAGCCAAUAAUAAAUAAAAUCAGAUACAUUAGAUAGGUACAUAUCUGGAAUGCUACAGUUACUUCUAUUGUGUGUUAAUGGUCUGGUAGUUUUGAAGGCCUGUGUCUAGCCCCAGACAGCAGUUUAUUGCAGAAGAAAAGUGCUACGUGCUGUAUGUAGGUUUAUACCCCUUUUACACUCAGUGGAUUAUGUUUGUUCUUUAUAAUUAAUAAUGAAUGUUGCCAUUGCACAUAAAGGACCACUAUAGGCACCCAGACCACUUCAGCUUAAUGAAGUGGUCUGGGUGCCAGGUCCCCCUAGUUUUAUCCUUGCAGAUGAAAUCAUAGCAGUUUCAGAAACAUUGCUAUGUUUACAUUGCAGGGUUAAUCCAGCCUCUAGUGGCUGUCUCCCUGACAGCCACUAGAGGUGCUUCCAUGAUUUACACAGAUUAAUCGCACUUAUUUGAUGCUGGACAUUCUGUGUGUGUGUGUCUCAUUAGUGUUACAAGGUCUCAGGUGUGAAUGGGGAGUAGGUGUGUUAAAUUUGGUGUUAUCACUCUCACACUCUCUCAUACUGGUCACUGGAAGUACAACAUGGCACCUCAUGGCAAAGAACUCUCUGAGGAUCUGAAAAAACAAAUUGCUGCUCUACAUAAAAAUGGCGUAGGCUAUAAGAAGAUUGCCAAGACCCUGAAACUGCAGCAUGGUGGGCAAGACCAUACAGCGGUUUCACAGGACAGGUUCCACUCAGAACAGGCCUCGCCAUGGUCAACCAAAGAAGUUGAGUGCACGUGCUCAGUGCCAAAAAAGAUUGCCAUAGUAAAGCAUUGAGUACUGCUUUCCUAUGGGCGGGUUUGAAUGCGGGCGUGCGCCUUUGGCCGCGCAUGGGCAUUCGGCUCCACUCGGAAGCUGACGUAGAUGGAGGAGGAGAGAUCACCAGCGCCGAAUUAAGGUAAGCAAAGAAAGGUUCUGUUGAAACACAGUGUAAGAUUCUUAAAAGGGGACCUGAGGAACUGCCAGAAGAUCAGCAUCAAAAAGCCAUGUCUAACACUGGCACUAACAUCACAAUAAACCAAAUAUGAACCUUACUUAAUCCACAUUAAGGGAUUGUGCUAGACCACGGGCUAGCACAGUCCUAACAAAUGGGUCCAGAGACUCCAAUAGCUUCAGGCACAUUUAUAAGUAAAAAAGGAACACUGCAACGUUUCGACCCACAAUUGGGUCUUUGUCAAUCAUCAGAUAAAAAAUGUGUGUGUGUGUGUGUGUGUAUGUAUGUAUGUAUGUACACACACGCACACACUAAUCGGCCACAAAAUUAAAACCAGACAGGUGAAGUGAAUAACAUUGAUUAUAUUGUUACAAUGGCACCUGUCAAUGGGUGCGAUAUAUUAGGAAGCAAGUGAACAGUCAGUUAUUAAAUUUCAUGUUUUUUAAACAGCAAAAAUUGGCUAACGAAAAGAUCUGAGAGACUUUGACAAGGGCCAAAUAGUGAUGGCUAAAUGACUGGGUCAGAACAUCUCCAAAACUGCAAGCCUAAUUGUGUGUUCGCAGUAUGUAGUAGUUAGUACCUACCAAAAGUGGAACAAGGAAGGACAACCAGUUAACUGACAUCAGAGUCAUGGGUGCCCAAGGCUCAUUGGUACUCGUGGGGAGUGAAGGCUAGCCCGUUUGGAUUGAUUAAAUACCAUUGUGCAGGUAAUUUGGUAAUAGGCUAAAUGUUCAGAGAUCACCUAUAAAUGUCUCACAUUAGACCAAAAUUGGAGCCUUCCAAAUAGACUUAUCUUUCUCUCAAAAUAAAGCUUUGAUUGACAGGUCUGGUGGGCAGAGCUACAAGCGCUGUUUUAGAGAGCCAGGAAUUACACUUCUUGUGUCACAUACCUGCUUAUACCAACAUGCUGAUAUGUUCCUGCUGACAUUGAGGGACCUGCUGGUACUCAGAAUAUUUUUUUAGGUAGUUCUGCAUGUGUAAACAGAUCUUUAGAUCCUAAUUUCUAUCAUUAAUGAGUUUUGGUUAAACUGUACAGGAAAAAUAAAAUAAUCUAAAUGCUCAAGAACAUAUCAAUGAUACAUUGGUUCCCUUGUUGUACAAAGCAAUGUGUAAAAUUGACUUGCUAACUCUUCCUCAAUUAAAUACAGUGUUUUUGUUUCAGAUGAACUGUUCCAGAAGGUUGCUGAAGACUUUGUUAACUACAACAACAUUCAGACUGAAACAGGUGAAUGAGCAGAAAUAAAUUACUGGUCUGCUGCUCUGCAUACUCAUAUCCCUCAAGGUUAAAAUGUUAUAGUUAGAGGACAGUCUGUCCGUGGCAUGCUGUGACCUCUCUGUAUGAAUCUUUCUAUGUGUAUUUAUACAUGUCUACAUAGGGAAUCAUAAUCCAGAGAAGGUCCAUUUUCUCUAAUGCAAAACCAUAUCAAUUGACGUAAUGCCAAACUGCAAGCUAUUGUAUAGAUAGAUAAUUUUUUUGUUUUUUCUGUUUUGCGUGUGUGACCCCCUAUGUACUAUUAAGUAUUCUUAAAGUAUUGCAUUAUGGGUAUUUGUGUAAUUCACACACCAGUAAAGUAGCCAUAGAGAUUGUGAAUUUUUAGAUCAAAAUCUCUCAUCACUUAUGUGAUAGACUAUUUCUACUGACCCCUGGGAAAAUACAGCUUGGCACAGCGCUAUGAGGUCAGACAGAUACAAAAGUCUGUUAGGCAGUUACCUAUUUAAGGUAUCCUACCUCUUUACCCAUGGAUCACUAUCUUCUCGAACAUCAGUAUAUCCCACGUAUGGCAAUCAAACUUCAUGUAUUAUUUGUGUAGUUAUCCAGCAACCAUAAAUAAAUACUGCACAGAAUUUGUCGGGUAAAGAAUGAAGAAGUGAUUGAAGAAAGAAGAUAUAUAUAAAAAAUAAAAUAAAAAUAAAAAUGCACAGCUAAAUUAUGACCAAUAAAGCAUGAUUGCUGAAGUGCUUUAUGUUUGAAGAAUGUGUCCUCUUGUUAAAUUUAAAAUUGCGGAUUUCAGUAGUUACCGUUAAACCUUCCUUCCCUGGCUAUCAAUCAGACAACUGGUCCUCUUACUUCCUGCAUGUUAAGUUCAGUGGAGCUAACCUCAAAAGGCCCAAACACUUGCCUUGCAAAGUUUACUUAUUGAACUGCAUUGGAAUGUCUGAUUGGACAGCCUUAUAAGGUCUGGGCUGGGUUUGGACAGGAGGGCUUGCAAAGGCUUCAGACAAAAGAAAUGCAGCUUUUGCAAACUGGUUUAUGACAAAACUCACAAUGACAAAAUGCCCAAUUAAAUGCAUGCAUGUGUUCAUUGGGGUAAAUCCACUAAAAAUGAUUUAUUUUGUAUUUCAGCAGUGUAGUGUCCCUUUAAGUACAGAAAUGGACUCUGAUGAGGCCAAGAGAUUUAUAUGUAUGUGGGAAGGAUUGUGGUCUGAUAUACCAUGGGUGUAAUAAGAGACUGUAGGAGCUGUGAAUAAAUCUACAUACAGAGCAAAAACGUGUUAACGUGGAGAUAUUCUGUGUGUAAAGCUGCAAGUUGGUGUUUGUAUGUGUAUAUAUAAUCUCGGACAUUUUCCAUUUCUCGUCAUUACUUUGCCAAUGAUUAAACAUUAGACCUAUUUUGUUUUUUUCUUCUCAGAGGCAAAAGGGGUGGAACUGGGUCUGAAGAAAAAUGCCACCUCCUACCCCUGCUGCAGCCAGUAACAAGGAACCCUGCUAAAUUGCCAAGACAUCUGUGUAGUCCUCUCAGACUAAUUUCGUUUUAAACACGUUUUACACGUCUUACAAAGUUGUGGACUUUUGCCCCAUUGGCUGCGAGACAUCAUCAUUCUCAUGUCAGUAUAUGGAGAGGUGCUCCCCAUAAAAGCUACUGCAGCGUUUAAGGCUUGUAAUGCAACGUAGAAGGAAGAAGUACAGAUUUGUAUCUACAUUUAGAUUUAUACAGGAACUAUGACCAUGAAUGGUUGUUAAAGUUUGAUCUUUGCUUAUUUUUUUGUGAUGUAAUUUACAAAAUAAAAUGUAUAGCGAUGAAAACACUACAUUCACGCAUCAUACUGGAAGCUCCAAGGAUACAGACUCCCCAGAAAGACAUUUUUUACCCAUUACACCUUCACACAAAUUAUGUGAUUAUAUUCACAAUUAGGCACAGUGAGGAUUUUAAAAAUAUUCCUGAAAAUCUUAUACAUUUACAAGAAACAAACAUGAUUCAGUUGGCAGAGGCAGUUGGAAUACUGCAAAUGUGUUCACCUGCAACUCCCAUGAUGCUCAGCUACUUAUGUAGAAAAGUAUCAUG